AUGGGUUCCAUUUCUUCAUUGUUUCCAUUUGACCAAAUUGAUCCAUACCAACAACACACAAUCCCAAAAGACAUCCUAGUGAUCCCUUCUCUGUAUGGUAGUAAUCUAAUGAGCAACCCUGCUUCUGUCUGGAGGCAGAAGUCCUCGAGCACUUCUGAAAAAGCCAUUUCUAAACCGAAAGACUAUAAGAAGAUCAAACAUAGAGAUGUUGAAAGACAGAGGAGGCAAGAAAUGGCUACCCUUUACAAGUCUCUAAGAUCACUACUUCCUCUUGAGUAUCUCAAGGGAAAGAGGUCUAUAUCUGAUCAAAUGCACGAGGCAGUUAAUUAUAUAAAUCAUCUGCAGAAGAGGGUGAAAGAGCUGAAUGACAAGAUUGAUGGGCUAAAAAGACUGUCCAAUCCAGAUGAUAUCAAAUUUGCUUCAGAAUUUUCGCAAAGAAAUUGUCUUGGGGACAACAUAACAGUUAAAACUUGUAGGACAGGGCUGAAGGUUAAUGUAGGCACUGCCUUGAGAGGAGGGCUACCUCUUUCCAAAGUUCUCAGUGUACUAAUCCAAGAAGGGCUUUCAAUUGUUUGCUGCAUUUCUACGAAAGUGAACCAAACAUUACUCCACACUAUUGAAUCAGAGGUGAAUGAUGGUAGGAGCAUUACUGUAUCUGAGCUGCAACAGAAAUUGAGAGACUUGGUACCCUGA